AUGCUUUACAGACCUGUUUUAUUUCCUAAGAAUAGAGAUCAAGUUUUUAAUAGUGGGAUAAAUCGUACGGAAUUAUACAUGUCCAGUCAGAGAUCUAUCUCAGCAUUAUGCGUCGAUACCGCAAUGGAAUUGAUUAGUAUGAUAAGUAGGUAUAGAUCGGCUGACAUAACUUUGCUACCUGCUAUCUGGUAUAAUGUGUUUUAUAUAUAUACGGCUGCAUCAGUUUUGUUAGCUGCAAAACUUCAACCUUACCUACAGGAUGAUUUGGAUAAAAUAAAGUUGAAUCAUCUUGGACAAUGA